CCAUAUUUCUCAGUCCAGUUAGAAUCGGCUUGCGUGCUGAACGUAUCAAAAUGGCUGCAUACUCUAUCACGAUCGGAGACAAAAAUUUCGACCAGUGCUUUUAAUUUGUUCUGUGAAUAUAAAAACUUUGUGGUGCAGUUUUUAUUUUUAAUUUUAAUAUUCUUUUGUUAAAAAAAAUACUUAAAGAUUAUUGUAUUGUAGUUUAGUUUUAAGUUCGUGAAAAAGUUAAAUUGUUACGAUUUUUAUUGUUUUGUGUUUCACACUGGAGUCUGACAGGGAAUUAUAUUUGGAGGUAGAUGAUGUGAUACUUAUACGCUGACUGAAGUUAUACAAAGAAGACCAGAACAGUCGUAAAGCUGGAUUUUCUUUAAACUCACCAUGGAUUCCGAGAGUCGGAGUGAGUCGGCUCUGAACAGCCCGACUGAGCCGGAUGUAUCAUUGGCAGCCUCCCUCACUGACCCUCUGGAGGCACACACUCUAGAUGAAGCCAGGAGAACUAUCAGGCUAUUUUCAUUUAUUUCCAGAGAUCUCCGAAUGAAGUAUCGAGCCCAAGCUCAUCAACUCUUAACAUGGCGCCGAGCUCAUCGAACUCAAGAAGAACUAGUCACACGUCUUCAACGAGAGAAGGCUGAACAACUCAAAUCCCUUUCCAGCCAACUCCUCUUAUUCGAAUCGCGAUUGGUUCGCAAACAGAAGGAGAUCACAAACAUGCUGGCUCUUCGGGAAACGAUUAUCAUGAAACAGCAAAAAGUAAUCGAAACUCUACAAACUAAAUUACUCGAUAACGGAAUUGAUACGUCACAAACUAUUCCCGAUUUCAGAGAUAUGUUGCAAGACAGUCACAUAACCGGUGACUUUGAUUCUCUUAACGAUUCAGAUUCCGCUGUCAUCAUGGAAGACAUAGAUUCUGAUUGCAGCAAUCUACCACACGUGCCAAGGUUUAGAUCGGCCAACCCUGACAGCGUAACGAUAGUUCGAUCCAUUUCAGACGCGAUAGAUCCAAAUCUGAAAUACAGCGUCGUGAGGCGUUCAAAUGGAUUCCUUCGGAGACCGGAAAUAUUGGAGACUGUAUACAGCGUCGAAGAGGAAGCCGAUGGUGAUUCUACCAAAGGCUUGAGCGCACAAAACAGCACUGAAAAGGAAUUGAAAGAUGCGAAUAAAACAGACGAACAAAAGUAUAAAGAAACAAGCCUUCUAGCACAGAGACGAGACAAUUUCCGAAUGAGGAGCGUAGUCUUAACAGCUGAAGUCAAAAGCAUAGAUAACGACAAAGAUACAAAAUCAAAGUCGAACAAUGAGAUCUGGUCAUACAGCUACGUGCCAAAAAGAAUGAUGCCACCAAACGAUUCCGACGAAGAAGUAACUUCAAAUCCAGAAAGUGAUGAAGGGGAGACAGAACAGAAGACUAAUCAGGUGGUGACAUACAACAGAGUAAUGUCAAACCAUAGGAACGUGACGAAACCGAAAGACGUCAAGUACAAGAGGAUAAAUAAAGCUAAAUCGAAGAGCUUAGAGGAAUUGCGAGGGAGAUUAAAGAAUUGGGUCGAUAAGGGUAACAAGUUAUCAGAUAUGCCGCUAGAGCACGCGCAGAGCUAUGCCUGAAUCGUUUUGCCAAGUUCCUUUGUAACGUCAUGUGGAUUCUCGGAGCGAAGGCAUUCGUGUCACUAAUGAGAGAUAUUCGAAGAAAUCAGGUCGAAGGUCCCGUAGCGACGAUUUUAUUCCGUUUAAUGUAAGCAAACGCAUUUACAAUAAAAUUUUAAAGUAGCAAUUUCGUCAUUUUCAUUGAAACGCGUCGAGUGAGAUUAAUCAUUAUAUGCCAAAUUGUUAGAUUAAUAUUAUGAUCGUUGCUUUUUUGGCGUCUAGAAAAAAAAAAAAAUUAUUUAAAAGUAUUAGUAGAAUGUUAGUUAAUACAAUUUACGCUGUAGAACAUUUCGCUCAUAUCAUGGUUUAUUCGACAAUAUAUUAUAUAAUUCCGAAAAUCGAUGUUACUUAAAAGAAAAGUGAGUAUUUUUUUCGAUUAAUCAUUAAAAUAUUGAUGUUUUCAAUGUGUAGUUAAUAAAAAAUCGAUUCCAAGCAAACUAUUAGUGAAAUAUAUAAGUAUUAAAAUAAUUAAAGGUAGCUAUUGCUCUUAAAUGUCUUAAUAGUAAAUAUUGACGCACUAUUCUUGAUACUAUCUCCUUGGUCUAUUGUAAAAAAAAAAAUCUAUACGAAUUAACGUGUUGUGUACAUUUUAAAAUAUUGAAUCACACGCAAUUUUACUAUAAAUACGUUAUAAAGUUUGGAAAUGAUUUUUAAUAGCUUUUUUGAUAACUUAAGGAAGCUUUAAAUCGACAGAGGCGUGUAGUUUUGUAAAGAGUUAACAUUAAUCUAAAGUAUUCUACCGAAUUCUGUUGCUUAUUUAAAUAAUACAGAUUAAAAAAA